UGCUUGCCCUGCCUGCCCUGCCUGCCCUGCCUGCCCUGGCCCUGUCGCCGUCGGCAUCCACUCGCCCGCAUCCGUCCGAUCCCGACUGCAUCGUCGUCAUGACCACUCACCCGUCUGCGACCCAAGAAUCGACUUCCGUGCCCGAAAGCGCCGAGGCCAGUGCUGACUCACUGGCCCCACUUGCCGGAUCUCCGCCCACGCCAAAGAUCGAGGAGCAGCCCGAGCCCAAGCCCACUCUGCUGCAGAAAAUCAAAGCCGUGCUCAUUAAGCAGUGGUUCCUGGUGGGUCUCGCUCUCGUCAUUGGCCUCGCUGCCGCAUACCCUCCACUCGGCAAGAAAAACGGCAUCAUCCAUGCAGAAAUCACCGUCAAGUAUGUCGCCGUCGCCCUUAUCUUUGUCCUCUCUGGCCUGUCGAUGAAGACCUCGGUGCUGGCAAAGUCGUUCCUGCAGUGGAAGAUCCAUCUUGCUGUCCAAAUCACCAGCUUUGUCAUUACCCCCGCUAUCGGCUAUGGUGUGGCUAAGCUCCUGGGCCUGGCUUCGUUCAAUGCCGACUUGGUCAACGGCAAGGCUGGCGGCAACGAGCCUGCGGCUCUUACCAACGCUGUCAUCGGAAACAUCCUUGGUGUCUUCAUCUCACCCUCGCUGAUUCUCUGGCUCGUUGGAUCGAGUGCCGGCGGCGGCAGCGAUGCCGGUAGCUACACCAGCGUUCUCCGGGACUUGAUGAUCACGGUUAUCGCUCCUCUGAUCGUCGGCCAACUCUUCCAGUACUUUACACCCGGAGCUGUUGCGUGGCUCGGCAAGCGAAUCAACUUUGCGUACCUCAACAGCAGUCUGCUGCUGCUGCUUGUCUGGAACGUGUUCUGCGACACUUUCAGUGAAAACAUUGGCAGCGGCGUCAAUGCGGGCUCGAUUGUUGCAAUCGGCGUCCUGGACAUUUCGCUCUUCAUUCUCUUCAACCUGAUCACCUUCCUCAUCUCCAACAUCAAGGCUCUUGGCUUUACCCGUCAGGAUGGUGUGGCCAUCAUGAUGUGCGGUGCCACCAAGACCGUCGCCCUCGGCAUUCCCAUGAUCAACAUCAUUUACGGCAACGCCCCAAACGUCGGCAUCCUGUCAACCCCGCUCCUGCUCUACCAUGCCGAGCAACUGAUCGGCGGUGCCGUCUUGGUCACCUUGCUUGGCAAGUGGGUCGCUCGAGCCAAGCAAGCAGAGCAGCAAGCGUCCACAACCGUCUGAGCCUGCGUUUCCCGUUCCUGUACUGCCACUCCCUUGCCUGGCGGGCCAUGGCCCUGAAUGCUCUUGCUUCAGAUAGCUUCAGAUUGC